ACAUGAUGAUGAUGGCCAAAACUCUGUCUCCCAACCCAAUGGCUGCGACCUGGAUCUACAUUGGCUGCGCGCUGCUGCUGCUGUGCCUUUGCGCCUCAGCCCGGGCAGCUCCCUCCGUCAGUGACUUGGAGCAACUGGGCGAACUGGAGCGCACGCUCAAGGAGCUGGCCACCUCGGUGCUGGCCAUGAAUGGCGGCAUUGCUGGCAGUGCGGACGGGGAUAUGGAGAACGAUUUGGAUUUGGGCACCGACAGCUCGGCUAUUCUGGAGUACUUGAACAAGCUUUCGCUAUAAAA